AUGUCCCGUGGAAACUGCAAGGUAUGCGACUCCCCGAACGCCACUAAUUUCCAUUUCGGAGCACACGCAUGCAAGGCUUGUGCUGCUUUCUUCCGAAGAACAGUGAAAACUGGUCAAAUUUAUACUUGUGCCGGUGAUAACAGCUGUGAGAUUAACCACGCCCUCCGACAAAAUUGUAGACAGUGUCGUCUAGCGAAAUGUCAAGAGGCGGGAAUGAAAGAAGAUUUGGUUCAAGGUCAGAAAGUAGGUAUAUCAGAGAAUGGAACUAUGAAGAGGAGUAGUCCGAUGGAGGAACAGCCGAGCACUUCAUCGUACUAUGAUCAUCCGACUCCUCCAGGACCGUCUGAAUCCCAAUGGGAUAAUCAUUAUCAUCAUCCACCAAUAAAAUCAAUGAGACAUGAACAAGAAGAUCUAAUGGAAAUGGAAGAGUUCCAGCAAUUCAUUCAAAUUCCAACUCAUACAAGUUCUUCGAUUUUAAUUUUGCCUGUGACCCCGGUUGACAAUUUAGAAGAGGAAGAGAGGCUGUACGGGUUGGCGUCAUUAUACAUGGAGCAGUUGGUGAAUUUAAAUAUGAGAAGAAGGUUGACAUAUGCAAAAGUUACACUCGCCGCAAUGUUCGACGGGCCUUGUGUUUGUCCCUUCGAGAUUUCUGAUCUUCGCCCAUUCGACCACAGAUCCUAUCGAUAUAAAAAUCGAAAUGAUUACACAAUGAUACUGGAUUAUGUCAACAGAUUCCCCGAGUUUCAUCUUCUUAACAAAUCGGAGAAAACUGUAAUUUUUCAAACAACAGCUGCAGUCGAUGCUCUUGCUGAUCCGGCGUACUACAGCCAAGUAAUGUAUCCAAAUGAUUCAGUUUUUGUGACGAGAGAGGGGAAGUUUAUUAGAAUGGAUCCUUUGCCAUCAACUGAAUUAGAUUUGGAUUCAGGAGUUUAUAGCUCAGAAGACAUCAGCAUGUACAAAUCUAUGGUAUUGAUGAUUCGACGACAAUGGAAGAAUGUGAACUUACCUUUGAAGAAGCUGAAAAUGUCACUUUCAGAGUUCUCACUUUUCAAAGCACUCACUAUUUGGCAUUACAAUUACUACAAACUACAAGAUAAGGGACGUCAAAUCUCUGCACGUCAACGUGACGACAUUUUUCGAACACUUCUUCUAAUAUGCAAAGACGAAGGACAUGAUGACCCAGUACUUCGUGUUUCUGAAAUCGUGUUGGCAGUUGGGAUUGUGAUGACAGAAGUACACGAGUUGGUGACUUCGUUGUUCGAGAUUAUCGUAUUCGAUGACGUAGAUGACCCGAUUUUGAAAGAUAUGCUCAAGUUUCAAUAUUAA